AUGGCAACAUCUGAUACUCAAUAUAUGACAAUGGAUGAUGUGCAUAAUUUGAACAAAGAUAAAGAAAAAUGUAUAUUCAUUAUUGAUAAUAAAUUGUACGAUGUUACAAAAUUUUUAGACGAACAUCCAGGCGGUGAAGAAGUUUUGAAAGAACAACGUGGUAAAGAUGCAACAGAUGCUUUUGAAGAUGUUGGUCAUUCGAAUGAUGCACGUAAACAAAUGCAGGAGUUUCUAAUUGGAGAACUUCAGCCCACCGUGAAGAAAUCUAUUGAAAAGAAGCCGCAAAAAGUAAAUGUCGAUGAACUAAACAAUGAGUCAUCAUCUUGGAUGAAAUGGAUUAUACCACUUGUAAUAGCCAUAUCUGCUGUUAUUAUAUUUAAAUUAUUGUUCUCUCUCUUUUGUCUGAAAAUUGUUAGAAAAAUGGCCGAAGCACAAUUAACAAAUCAAUUAAGUCGUAUUGAAUCAAUGACAAACGCUGAAUUACGUGUGGAAUUGAAACGCCGUGGUUGUAGUACAACGGGAAAUAAAAAAGAUCUGUUGGCAAAAUUGCGUACGGCUAUGCAAAAAGAAUUUGAUCAGCAAGUGCUUGCUACAGCGUCAAAAACAGCGACAAUCAAUUAUUCACCAAUGGAAAGGAGUAGUGAUGAUCUUAUAUCACACAACGACACAUCAGAAUUAAAUACAUCUUCAUUUAUGACACCAACUGCACAAAGUCCACAAUUACAAAACCGUCAACCACAUACAGAUCAAAAUCCGUAUUCGAAUUUACUAAUACAUGAUCCAGUCAAUCCUCAAUAUUCUACCUUUAAUUUAUCAGUCAAUCAACAACAACAGAUACCUUCAGAUGAUGCUCUUGACCUUUCCUCCUCAGCGAGUCAUAAUACACGUCGUAAACGACCAAGUUCCACACCAGGCCUAAUGGCGAAUACUCCUGAAACAAAACGCACUCGUACAAGAGAAAAAAAGCGCUCUAUUGAUUCAUCAGUCGUUCAUUUCGAAGAAGAGAAACCUGCACCCACAAUAGAGAAAGGAGAAGAAGAAGAACCUAUAAGUGAAUUACCACAGAUCGAAGAACCAACAAACGUACCAGAUGAACAGCAGCUACGAACAUCAACAAAUGUCAGUUAUAAUAUUGAAGAAGUAAACAUUGACCAACGCAUUACAGGUCAAGAAGAGAAACAACAUGAGGAAAAUGAGAUAACAAAUUUACCGGUUAUUGAAUUAGCUCCAGAUGAAAUAGACUAUAGUGAGGAUUUGACAAAAACUGAUGAUGAUAGAUCUCGCUCACCGUCUGCCUCUUUUCAAAAGCGUAAGCGUACAUCUGAAAAUAGCCCCGUUACAUCUGAAUCAGUCAUUAAUGAAAUGCCAUUAUCCGAUGAACGAAAAGAUCUUCGUCGUUCAAAAUCACCUAAAGCAACAUUGAGGGAUUCAUCUUCACCGUCAGAGUUAAACCAACUACAACAUCAACAACAAUCAGAAAACGUUGUUAAAGAACGAAAGGUAGAAGAAAAUAUUAAUGGCAAUUCAACCAUAACAAUAAAUAAAAGCGAUAAUAAUGCAGUUAGUGUACUAAAUGAAAAAGCUUCAAAGUCGGAUGAAAUUCAAGACCAACAAGUGACAUUAUUUCCUGAAGAAAUCAGUGAAUUAGUUGGACAAAAAGAGAAUGACUUGUCCACAAGUCAAAAUGAUGAUAUUAAUGAAAAAUCUACAAACAAUAUAGUGGAAGGAAAAAAGCGUUCUUCAUCAAAUGUCAAAGAUGACGAACAAAAACAUCACACAACACAACAGCGCUCAGAAUCAAAACAACAUCGAUCACAAACAUCGGCAUUAAUUAAAGGUUUACAUAAAUCAAAUAAUAAUCGUUGUUUAAAUUUGUCAAGCGAUGUUUUAAAGACUCUUAUUCCAGAUAUUGGUUUAGGUCCAGCUGAAGUAUUAGAUGCUGAUUUAGAAGCAAUUGAUCGUGAAGAUGGUGAAAGAAGUAGUACGGAUGGUGGAUCGGAUCGCGGUGGUUCACCGAUUCCUAUCAAUGAACGAGAAUUGGAAACAAAUAUUGGUGAAACAGGAGAAACAAUGACAAUUGGAGAAUUAGAAAAACAUAUUGAAAAUGGUCUGAAUGCAGAAACAACAUUGAAACAAAAACGUUCGAAUGAUCCACGACGAACGGUUAUCAUUGAUAUUAACGCUGAUACAUCAUCACUGCUAAACGAUGAUUCAUCGAAUGAGAAAAAGAGAUACAACGCUAUUCAGCCACCAGCAAGAAUAUUAUCCCAUGAAUCGAAACCAUUAUUGGAUGGAAAAACAAAUGCAUUAAUGAUGGAUGAACCAAUGCGUAUGAAGGAUGUGACACCCUCAAAUCAACCGGCGACAAAAAUUUUGUACAUUCGUGGACUUACGCGACCCUUUACUGUUCCUCAAUUAAAAGAAUUGCUUAGUCGUUAUGGAACUUUAAUGGAUGGUGAUUUUUGGGUUGAUAAAAUUAAAAGUCAAUGUUUUGUGACAUAUGAUACACUUGAAGAGGCACAAAGUGCUCGUGAGUCGUUGGAUGGAUGCCGUUGGCCGUCGUCAAAUCCAAAAACUAUGAUUGUGAGAUUUGCAAAAGCAGAAGAGCUCGAAUUUAGCAAAACGCAUGAUGCACCACCAGAUCAAAUGCCGCCAAUGAAAGAUUCGAUCCCAACAAUACCGCUAAACACACGUCUCGUUCAAGAGAAGCCAAUAACAAAAACAAUAACUAAACAAGAUCGUAAUCUAAAAGGUACCAGUAAAUCUGAACCAUCUACAUCAAAUGCAAAUGAUCGCCAUAGACAGGAUAGAACAUCACCGUCAAGUCCAACCGUUGAUAAAAAUGAUCGUAUGACUAAAAAUGCACGUUCAUCUGAUCAAAACAAUGUAAGAGAAUGGGAUUUACAUAAAUUACAGCCACGUUCUCCAUCCUCACCACCUAUGUCAUCAACUAGAAGUCCAUCAACACAACUUCACACCGAAUCGAAUGAGCCAACGACACAGCCACCUGGUGAAGCGCCAGCUAAAGUACUUGAUGAUUAUUUUCGUAAAACGAAAAGUAAACCAGCUGUUUAUUGGUUACCAUUAACUGAUGAACAGCAUCAAGUAGGAAAAUCAUCUCGUUCCAACAAUGACUCGACAAAAUAUUCAACCCAUUCUCGUCAAACGGAUGAAAAAACGGGUAGUCGUCAACAUCAUCGUUCAAUUUCACCUGUCAUAAAUAAUAAUACUACCGAACAAUCGACAUCAAAUCGCGAUAAACGAAAACGUUUAUCUCCUAGUCCACCAUCAUCUAAGAGAGAAAAUAAACGACAUUGA